UUAAAAAAAAAUUCAUUAGCAUAAAUGGAUUGUACAACGAUUUCAGUGUGAUAUUUAAACAUGCAUAUAAUGUAUUUUGUUUCAGUUCACUCUAUGUAGGAUGCUUUCAGAUCUUGAUGUGUGUUCCAAAUACACUGUCACAGUAAGAUAAGGACAAUAUCAUGGAGAAGUUAGGCCAUUUAGUUCAUGAGGAAGUUUUUGUUCCUGAUUCAAAAUAAUGAGUCCUAAUCACUGACUUUUAAGUAUUGGCUGAGACAGUAUGGAUUGUUCUUUGCUGUGGAAUUCAAGUGUGUUAUUUUUUUUUAAAAUAAAGAAUGUUUUGUUGCGCCAUGUUUGCUCAAUUGAAAGUUUCCUCAUCUCGUGGUGAGACCCUUCUCUAAUUCAAUCUUUGUCUUUUGUCUUUGCUGCCUUGCAGGGUUGGUACAAUAGGCUUCACUAGACUUAGCUGCAACUCAGAAUUUCUCCUCCAGCACCUGAGUAAAUGCUGAUGGUCUUGUGGAGAGUGGAUUAAGAGUACGAGCUAAGUUCUCAAUCUCAAUUAAGAAGCGGAGGAAAAUUUAACUGUCUCCUUCAGAGUUUAUCACAACCACCACCAUCAAGACAGCAAACCAAAGGACAAAGACUUUGACCUGCUGUGUUUCUCUGUAUAGUCCAGUUCACGUAUGGUUUACAGACUUGGCUGGGGUGACUAAUAAGUAAAUAAAAAGUUGGACACGUCUGUCAUUUGGACACUUUGAUUCACAAUUUACCAGAAUGAGGGCUAUACUGGAGCCAACAGACAUUGCCAUAGUGGCCCUGUAUUUUAUCCUGGUCCUGUGCAUUGGUUUUUUUGCCAUGUGGAAAUCUAAUAGAAGCACCGUGAGUGGAUACUUCCUGGCGGGGCGCUCUAUGACUUGGGUAGCAAUUGGUGCCUCUCUGUUUGUGAGCAAUAUUGGGAGUGAGCACUUCAUUGGGCUGGCAGGAUCUGGAGCUGCAAGUGGAUUUGCAGUGGGCGCAUGGGAAUUCAAUGCCUUACUGCUUUUGCAACUUCUGGGAUGGGUUUUCAUCCCAAUUUACAUCCGAUCAGGGGUAUACACCAUGCCUGAAUACUUGUCCAAGCGAUUUGGUGGCCAUAGGAUUCAGGUCUAUUUUGCCGCCUUGUCUCUGAUUCUCUAUGUCUUCACCAAGCUGUCAGUGGAUCUGUAUUCGGGUGCCCUCUUUAUCCAGGAGUCUUUAGGUUGGAACCUUUAUGUGUCUGUCAUCCUGCUCAUUGGCAUGACGGCUUUGCUAACUGUCACUGGAGGCCUGGUUGCAGUGAUCUACACAGACACUCUGCAGGCUCUGCUCAUGAUCAUUGGGGCGCUCACUCUUAUGAUUAUUAGCAUGAUGGAGAUUGGUGGAUUUGAGGAAGUUAAGAGAAGGUACAUGUUGGCCUCGCCCAAUGUUACCUCCAUUCUGUUGACCUACAACCUUUCCAAUACAAAUUCUUGUAAUGUCUACCCCAAGAAAGAAGCCCUAAAAAUGUUGCGGGCUCCAACAGAUGAAGAUGUUCCGUGGCCUGGAUUCAUUCUUGGGCAGACCCCAGCCUCUGUGUGGUACUGGUGUGCUGACCAGGUCAUCGUGCAGAGGGUCCUAGCAGCCAAAAACAUUGCUCAUGCCAAAGGCUCUACCCUCAUGGCUGGCUUCUUGAAGCUUCUGCCAAUGUUUAUCAUAGUUGUUCCAGGAAUGAUUUCCAGGAUACUGUUUGUUGAUGACAUAGCUUGCAUCAACCCAGAGCACUGCAUGCAAGUGUGUGGAAGCAGAGCUGGGUGUUCCAAUAUUGCUUACCCACGUCUGGUGAUGAAGCUGGUUCCUGUAGGCCUUCGUGGCCUGAUGAUGGCAGUGAUGAUUGCAGCUCUGAUGAGUGACUUGGAUUCAAUCUUUAACAGUGCCAGUACCAUAUUCACCCUUGAUGUGUACAAACUCAUCCGCAAGAGUGCAAGCUCCCGGGAGCUAAUGAUUGUGGGCAGGAUAUUUGUGGCCUUUAUGGUGGUGAUCAGCAUAGCAUGGGUGCCAAUCAUUGUGGAAAUGCAAGGAGGUCAGAUGUACCUUUAUAUUCAGGAGGUGGCAGAUUAUCUGACACCUCCAGUGGCGGCCCUGUUCCUUCUGGCAAUUUUUUGGAAGCGCUGCAAUGAGCAAGGAGCUUUCUAUGGUGGAAUGGCUGGCUUUGUUUUUGGAGCUGUCCGGUUGAUUUUGGCCUUUACCUACCGUGCCCCAGAGUGUGACCAACCUGAUAACAGGCCUAGCUUCAUCAAAGAUAUCCAUUAUAUGUAUGUGGCAACAGCAUUGUUUUGGAUCACAGGACUCAUUACUGUAAUCGUUAGUCUUCUCACACCACCUCCCACAAAGGAUCAGAUUCGCACCACCACUUUUUGGUCUAAGAAGAGCCUCGUGACGAAGGAAAGUUGUUCUCAGAAAGAUGAACCGUACGAAAUGCAAGAGAAGAGUAUUCUGCGAUGCAACGAGAACAGCGAGGCCAUCAACCAUGUCAUUCCCAAUGGGAAAUCUGAAGAUAGCAUUAAGGGCCUUCAGCCUGAAGAUGUUAAUCUGUUGGUGACCUGUAGAGAGGAGGCUAACCCAAUGGCUUCCUUGGGUCCUUCAGAGGCAGAAACACCAGUAGAUGCAUAUUCCAAUGGGCAAGCGGCUCUCAUGGGUGAGAAGGAGAGAAAGAAAGAAACGGAUGAUAGAGGCCAGUACUGGAAGUUCAUAGACUGGUUUUGUGGCUUUAAAAGUAAGAGCCUCAGCAAGAGGAGUCUCAGAGACCUGAUGGACGAGGAGGCUGUUUGUUUACAAAUGUUAGAAGAGACUCCACAAGUUAAAGUAAUACUGAAUAUUGGACUUUUUGCUGUGUGUUCGCUUGGAAUUUUCAUGUUUGUUUAUUUCUCCUUAUGAACUUAAGGAUACGAUGAGACACUUAACUUAAAAUACUGGUCUUUGGGGGAAAAAUUAUGUAACUGUCGCAUCUCUCUCAGGCAUUGUUUACGCAGUAGGUUUUAGCCAAACUUUACUUAGCAGAACGCCAUCUAUUUGUAAGACUUUAUUUUCCUAGAGAUGGAUGAAAGUAGAUCCUCAAAUUAAGUGGCGCAGAACAGACUUAAUUGUGCAAAAAUGUGGUUUUAAAGCAUUACAUACCAAAGUAAGGAGGUCACUUAGAGCAGAAUACAUAUCAAAGGUAUUUUAAGAAAAUAUAUAUCAGGACUGCCAAUUCUUGGUAGACUUUAUGCUGAAGAUUGUUUAUUUCUAAUUUGUUUUGUUUUGUUUCUGUAGUCCAUAUUACCUUUUAAAGAAACCUGAAUUUUUAGAAUACUCUGUAAUGCGUUACAUACUGAAAAUAUAAUGUCCUUGAGUGGUCCUUCUUUUAGGGCAGGUUAGGUUUGCCAGGUUUGUUUUGUUAGUGUGAGUCUGUGGAUGCUGACUGCCAAGAAAAGGAAGGAAUGUUUCCUGUUUGUAUUUUAGUAUCACUUGUAUGUAGAGUGUUGUGGGGGAGAACUUUAUUCCAGCUAUUCCCCCUCUGUUUGUUUCUAUUUUCAUGGAGGUUUAAGUGAAACAUACUCAAAUGACCACCAAGUGUGUCUAUAAAGUUUUGUCUAAAUUGUGUUGUUAAAUAAUUAUGGGGGAUAGUAGAAGGGCCAUUACUUAUGAGUCCCACGUUUAUUGACCAAAUUAAGGUUUCUUUUCAAUAUAGUUUGGGAAUAAGCAGUUCCUAAGCAGUGUUUGACUUAGGCUAAAAUGAUUAAUCAUGCUCUGCCAAUUUUCUAGCUUUUUCUUGUAGUUUGAUGACAUUUUUAUUAGUCAAAGUUUCCUUCCCAAGUGGAUCGAUUCGGGAUAUAUAUAGUCCAUUAUCUUGAAAAAGUGGCGCUGCUUUUGUGUGCUCAGUUACCCAGGUUAGUGAAGCUCUCGAUAUAUGGAGAAUGAGAUUUCAAGAGGGAAACCUCAACUUUGAGAUCAGAAUGCAUUUUUCUUCCCCAGUUCUUAUCCCCCCCCCAAAUUGCCAUUUGUUGUUAUAGUCAUGUAGAGCAUGAGGAUGUUUCAGUGAGAAUAGGCUUUCUGUUACAGAAAACUCAGAGAGCUGACUUGCUAUUGGUAGAUUAGCAGUAUAAUCUUUCUGUAGGAUGGAUAGCAUGUUGGAAAGGUGCCAUGAACAAGAAUUGUGUCUAUAGAGGAUGUUAUAGGACUUGUGUAGAUAGGGUACUCUUGUCUAGACAUGAGUUGAUACCAGUUGCAACAUUUGUGGGUAGGGAUCUUUAUUGAGGAGGGGUACAAAGGAUGUUAAGGAAAGGCUUUGUGAGUGAUGUAGUUUUGUGUCCUCAACACUGCCCUUUGUCCUCCAGGAAACAUGAAAAAAACUAAUUGUGUAUCUACUUUCUUUGUCUUUAAACUGAUACUUUUUAAAUUGCAUGAUUUUACUAAGCCUUGUAUUCUUUAGGGAAAAUUACUUUUAUAGGUAAUUUUGUAGAUUUUGAAUCAAAACUCAGUCCUGAUGACUAAAUUUUUUGUAAUGUAUACACUAGUUUGCUUAUGGUGGACUUGAUUAGUCUAAAGUUGAUUUUAGAAAUAAUCAGGUAGUAUAAUGUCUUCCUAUCUUCAGGAGGCUUUUCUGAUGGAUUGAGUCUAUAGAUGAAAAAGUAAUUCAUGUAUGAUUAGCAUGUAUUUCUGAAGAGCUUAGAGUGCCUUGUAUAAUUUUUGUUCUCAAUUUUAUCCUUGAGAUUUAUAACAUGGGGCCAAGUAAAUAGGGACCAUUCUUGUCUUGUAUGGAGAGUGAGGCUGUGACACGUUCAAGGCUACUAAACCUAUUUGGGAAGAACAGAAACCAAGUCUCCAAGUCUAGACUCAGAAUUUUGUCCAGAUGUGUCUCGACAAAUAGUUUGUGCUAUUUUUUCCUCUUUUGAUAUAACCUUUUCAUGUUUUGGAAAGGGUCUUGCAUUUUCCAGAUUGGUGUUAAAGUACAGGAAUUAACAUUUCUUUGAACUCUGAACACAUUUUUCACAUAGCCCUGAGCAUUGACACAGUGGCCAGGCAGCCUUAUCUUUUCUCUCUAUAACAUAAGUGAAUAGGAAAGUGUGUAUGUGACUUUUUCUCCUUUAUUUAAUAUUGAGUACUAAUACUUUGGAGAAUUAGGGUCCCUGUACCUUUUCUCUUUUGUGUCAGUAAGAUACAUAAAAUAUAUCAUCUUGUGUCUGUUGGUGUGUGUAUAGCAGUAGGUCAAGGUUAGAGUACUAAUGUGUGUAAAUAAGGAAUGACUAUUAGCAUGUCCAUUAGAGUUGUUUAUUCUUAUUAGUGUAAACAUCACUUUAUUUAUACUGAAGUCCAUGAAGCUUUUUCCGUCUUAUUGCUUCCCAGGAAUAGAUAAUGUUCUUGAAUCAGUAUGUGAAUUGCUGAUGGCAUCUUCCUUUGGGGAACUGAUCUUUAGUCUGUUAGAUGCAGUAAGUGUUCAUAGGAUGAUACACUGACUUUCUUAAAGUAGCAAAAUGUUCAUUCUUUACACUUGAGUAAAUGAAUCCUAAAAGAUGACAUUGAUGUCUAUACAAUGUGUGUACUUUUAUGUUUGCUCAAACUAAGCUAAGGUAUAAUAGCUAAAAGUCAAAGUGAAAAGUAUGAAUGGCAUUGAUUGGUUAAUGGGCGGUGGGGGGAGGGGCGUUGCAGUGGACAGGAGAAAAAAAUACCAUCUUUGCCAGCUGUGAAUGAUAUCCUCCAGCGCCUAGAUUUUUGUCUUCUCAGGUCAGGCAGUCUUCAUCUCCUGAUCUGAAGAGUUUAGUAUACUGGAUUGAAGAAAGAUUUUUUUUUUUAAAUGGUAUGGGACCUUUGGAUUCUCUGUUCAUCUCAGAAGAUUCUGACCUGUCAUCCCAAGAGUGAACUAUUGAAGCAGGUUCUCCCUCAUCUGCCUUUUUUUUGAGGAGAUGACUACUUGUUUUGUUUUUAGAAAAGCAAGUAAUAGCAGUGGUGCUGUGUGUAUCCUUUGAUCCAUACUCAGUAGAUCUGAUCUCCAGGGCUUCCUUUUCAUUUACUUGGCUCAAAGGAUCCAUUGUGUUUUUUUGCACAGACUGGCCAGGGUCUCAAACCAUAGCAGAAGAGAUUGCCAGACCCAUCCCUCUGUGAAACUUUCCAUUUUAAGAAUUGUGCAGGAGCGUUGUUAUUCAGCUCUUUAUCCCCAGACUAAGCAAAAGUUUACAUUCCUAGAGCAUCAAAAAUUUGUGGAUUUUUGCCAGGUACAUGGUCUUCCUCUCUUUUGAGUAUGAUUUAAUGUAGUCUAUGAGUUACUCUUGUGGUUUUUCACACAUAAAGCAGCUAUAGUAUUAGCCAUUAAAGAAUUAGGUCUGGGCUGGGUGCUAGUGGCUCAUGCCUAUAAUCCUAGCUACUCAGGAGACUGAAAUCUGAGGAUUGCAGUG